AUGGUGGAAGGAAAUGUUCUAGUCAUCUCUAAUAGAGUUCCAGUUACAAUCAAAAAAGGUUCUGACGGCAACUAUCAAUACAACAUGUCAAGUGGUGGAUUGGUUACUGCGCUUCAAGGGCUAAAGCAAAAAUUUCAAUGGUUUGGCUGGCCUGGUUUGGAAGUUCCAGCUAUUGACCAGGAAAAGGUGAACAGUGACCUUAAAGAGAAGUUCAAUUGCUUUCCUAUCUAUCUGAGUGAUGAAAUUGCAGAAUUACACUACAAUGGAUUUAGCAACUCUAUUUUGUGGCCCUUGUUUCAUUAUCAUCCAGGAGAAAUGAAUUUUGAUGAGGCUGCAUGGGCAGCUUACAUUGAGGCCAACAGACAGUUCUGCAAAGUUAUAGUUGGUAAGAUCGCUGAUAACGAUCUUGUUUGGAUUCAUGACUACCAUUUAAUGUUACUCCCACAAAUGCUUCGACGUCAAAUUGAUGAACAAGGACUCAAGAAUGUACGUUUAGGUUUUUUCUUGCACACGCCAUUCCCUUCAUCAGAGAUUUAUCGUAUUCUUCCUGUACGUAAGGAGAUUCUGGAAGGGGUGUUGAGCUGUGAUUUGAUUGGAUUCCACACCUAUGAUUACGCUCGUCAUUUUACGUCGUCUGUGGAACGAAUUCUGGGCUGCAGAACAACUCCAACAGGUCUUACGUAUGGUUCCCACAAUGUGUCCGUUGGAGCGUAUCCUAUCGGAAUAGAUGUGGACAAGUUCACUACAGGGAUCAAGCAGCACUUGGUGCAGGAACGAAUUCACUCAUUACAAAAACGUUUUGGUCAAGGAGUGAAGUUAAUCGUCGGGGUGGACAGGCUUGAUUAUAUCAAGGGAGUUCCACAAAAGCUACAUGCUUUUGAAAUAUUCUUGCAGGAGCAUCCAGAAUGGAUUGGCAAAGUUGUCUUAGUUCAAGUUGCUGUACCCUCAAGAGGCGAUGUAGAGGAGUAUCAAACACUUCGUGCCACUGUUAAUGAACUUGUGGGACGUAUCAAUGGCCAAUUUGGCACCAUAGAAUUUGUUCCUAUUCACUUUAUGCACAAGUCUGUUCCCUUCGAGGAGCUGAUCUCUUUAUACGCUGUCUCGGAUAUCUGUCUCGUUUCAAGUACACGGGAUGGAAUGAAUCUUGUAUCCUACGAGUAUAUUGCAUGCCAGCAGCAAAAGAAGGGAUCUCUGAUAUUGAGUGAGUUCGCUGGAGCUGCCCAGUCAUUGAAUGGUGCAAUCGUGGUUAAUCCGUGGAAUACAGAAGAGUUAAGUGAAGCAAUUUAUGAAGCUCUAUCCCUACCCGAAGAAAAGAGAGAAUCUAGUUUUGAGUCUAUGUUCAAGUAUAUCAGCAAAUACACAGCUGCAUAUUGGGGAGAAAACUUCGUCAAGGAACUCACAAGGGUAGGUAACAACAUGUAA